CCAAGCCUCAACAGGGACCUCGGACCCCUCGGAUCCCAUGCAGGCCACGCACGACCAUGGCUGCUACCGCUGACAACAGUGCACACGCCAGCCCCAAGAGGCCGGUGACCCCUCCUAUCCCAGUUCAGCAGGCCGAUGAACUACUUCUAGUGUUCCUCGAACGCCUCCAGCAGUAUUCGGAGACGACAGCAGCUGAACUGCGCAAGUGGGAAGAGGAGGAAGGCGCCCGCCAGCAGGAGAUUCAACGCCAGCUGGCAGAGGCCGGGGCAGCACGUCAGCAGGCCGCAGCAGAAGCUGCAGCAGCCGCACGGUUGCAACAGCAGCAGGUCGAGGCAAGUCAAAACCAAGCUCGUUACCAAGCCACGAUGGAUCUUGCUCGCGACGAAGCCACGUACGCCAGGCUACUUCGACGACAGCAUUUCCAAGAGACCAAAGAACAAGAAGAGCCAACUGAGGAAGAAAGGGACAAGGAAGGGACAGCAGUUCUGAUGGAGAAUCUGCUGUACACGUGCAAUUGGCAGCAACGUGAACUGCUCGCCAUGCGGCAGGUCUUCAUCCGCCAUGAAACUGCGUUCAAGGCAUUGGACAAGAAGAUCCUGACCCUGCAGGUCGAGAUCAGCACACUACACGCCGCCAACAGCCAGCAGCAGACACUCAACAGCCAGCAGCAGAAACUCAACGACCAGUUGCAAACAGAUGUCAGCAUGGGGUUGGCACAACUGUCAGCAGCUGCGUCAACGGGCAGUGCAGCGGUAGACUGCAGCCCAGCUUCGGCCGCACAGGCCAAGCAACUCGAAGAGCGGAUCAACCACUUGGUCGCAUCCCUCGGCGACAUCAGCAAGUUUGCUGGAGCAUCGACAGUCAGCAAUCAGCUGCAGACGCUCAGCGACCGCGUUGACCAACGACCGGUCGCUGCCGCCAAGGAAUGGAAGAUGCCGAACUUCAAAAUCGAGAAGUUCGACGACUAUCACAAGACUGAUCCGCUGCAAUGGUGGAUGGCUUUCAACGCAGAGGCGGAUGUACAUCACACACCGGCCCAUCGGCAGCUUGAUGCACUCUACCUCCAACUCAUCGGAGGGGCGCAGGCUUUCAUGACACACAUGCCCGUCACGAUGGAAUGCACCAUCGCCAACCUCCACAUGAAGAUUACGUGGGAGGAAUUCGAGACGAAAUGGAAGACCCGAUUCAUGGAUUGUGACGAGGCGGUGGCAUCGAAUCCAAAAUUUUCAAAGGCACGCUUACGAAGAGCACAAUGCUAUAUGCAGCUGGACAGAUGGGAGGAAGCUAUAAAUGACUGUGAGAUCCUCAAGAAGGAAAUGCCAGGGGAUGAAGAGGUCAGCAAAUGUCUGUUCAAUGCCCAACUGGCCAUGAAGAAGCAUCGCGGCGAGGACACAUCGGGCAUUCAUUACGAGGGUGACGGGAUUGUCACCAUCCGCAGCUCGGAGAAAUACAAGGAAAUGAUGCGCUCCUCUGGGACUUCGAGAUUCAGAGCAGAUCCUCCUCGCGCAGUGGAUGGUGCUUGGGCCAGCGGGGCCUCCUGGGGCUCCGCUGCUGACGCCUCCUCUUCUUCUUUCGACGUCGACCUGGCUUCCGACUCUUCUUCUACUGACAUACCCGUGAUGGCUAUGCCACCUGGAUCGUCGCCUGAUGGCACCUCGCCUGACGGGUUCGACUUGGUUGGGGUCGCUUGGAUUGAAGGAGAUGAUGCUCGCUGGCAGGUCGCCGACGAGCUGGGACAGAAAGAGGCUGGUGAUCACCAUGUGCGUUGCUGCAAGUGGAUAGUGCUCAGAUCGCCACGGAAGGCAAGGAUCACCAUUACGUCGCUCCACCGCGCACCAAGCCCCGUAGCUAAACAGCUGCGCAAACCGGAGGAGAUCGGGACUGAGACAAGGAUGUGUGACUUCGCGAAACUGCAACGAAGGGCGAGGUUGAAGAAGCUGUGGAGGAAGAGCCGGUUCGAUGGCGAAACUCAUGGCGAAGAUCGAGGAGAAGUGGUACCAGACGAAGGGGGAGAAGCGAGAUCCUCGUCUGGGCUAGAGCAAGAAGACGAAGGCGAGAUAGGGUCCUCUGAAGAGGGCAGUCUCGUGCAAAGUGUCCGUGUUGUUUACAGUUGUAGCAUUCAACUCUCCCUACCGGAUUGGUCACAGGAUACGGGGCGGGAGACGCUUGGCCGGGGGCGGGAGGAGCAGUCAGCAGGGGAUACGAGGGAGGAGUGGGACGCGGAGAACUCGAGUUGGCCUUUAUUAGUUUCGUCAUGAUCUGUUCCAAUCAAUCCAUUUGGGAAGU